GUGCGCAGCGAUAGUGAUCCGUGGAGUGAGGUGGUUGUGUGUGUCCGUCAAUCUUUUGUAUUUACGCGUUUGUAUAAGGCGGCAGGAGCAGAAAUCCCCGGGCCGCGCUGCACAAAGAAAAGGAUGGGCUGGUGGUGCCAAGAUGAACCACUCCCAACAUAUCUACUCGUAGGAGGAGAAAUCAUCACCACCACAACACUGGACAUCGACUACCACCUGUCGACCACUACCGUUACCACCCCUGUUAAAACAACAAGACCUUCAAUCCAUUUUGAAACCACAAAAACAAAUACUACAAAUGCUACCACAACUGCUACCACCACCACCACCACAACCACCAGCACCACCACCACCAUCACCACGACCAUCACCACCACCAUCACCGCCGCCGCCACCACCUCUGCCGCCAGUCCAGAAUCAUUCAAUGCACGAACAAGAUUCAAGAGUUUAUGAAUUAUAUAGCAAUCCUUCCACUGAAGGACACUGAAUGCCUGCAGCAGUAUUAAAAAAAGUAGUUAGUGCUUGAAGGAAUAUGAAGGAAACCCUAAGGAAGGUUGGUUCAUCAGUCGAUGUAUUAUUUAUUUCUUUAAUUUUUUACUUUAAAGUUUCGGUGGUUAGUAAUACGGUCUAACAUUUCCAUUAACGCAUAAUGAAACUAUGUUGAAGAUACAUCAUGGUGACUGUUUGGUUUGUGUAGAGGAAAUUGAGAGUGAAAUAUCAGAAUAAUGGCAAAAGUUUGAUGGAGGAGUUAAACUCUUUGUCGGUUGGGCAGUUCUUUGCAAUAAAUUCAUCAAUUUAA